GACAGUUCCGGCUGGAGUUUGAGCCUCGGUCGCGAGAUCGCCCUGGUAACGAGAGCAGUGAGUGGCGCGAGCGGGAGGAGGCUAUAAUUCCAAAUACAGUUAACAAAUUUGCAAAAAAAAGGCAGCUAUAAUCUCCCUUCAAAAAGUGGAAUAUCAAGACAUGUCCAACAUAGAAGCUGCAUCUAAUGUAAUGAAGGAAUUUUGAAGAUGUAACUGAUAGCUACAAUUACAGUACAACUGAGAAUUGUAAAAAAAAAUCAAUAAUUAGGACUUCAUCUAAGACAAAACAAUGAGGAAAGUAUUGUGCAGAAUCUUUUGAAGUUCUGUCUUUCUGAAAGCAGAUAACUGCCAUUGAAUAGGGAGCAUCAAUAAAUCUUUUUAGAGAUGGAGAAACAGUAAGAUGAUUUGUAAUAUCGCCUUUGAACAGCAAGAAUCUGGUUCUCUUCUAAUUGUCUCUGGGAACCAAAUGUACUGUAACCAUAUGCCCAUGUACAAAAACAAGGCCUAAUAAUGUUGGACUGAGAUUUUCAGAGAGAUGUUGCAUUUGUUAGUUUAUUAGUUCAAAUUUCUUCCUUAAACUCUACUCGUCGAUACAGUCAAUUUCUUUUAGAGUAUGUCAUCAUGGCUAGAUUUCGCAGAAGAUUGUGGAUCACAUUGCUACUUUUUCUUUUAUUUGUUUUUGGUAUCAUGAUGGGCUUGAAGACCCUAAGACCUGAAGGAGCUGGCUUUGGAGAUGGCAUAGGACUGGAAUUAUUGCCACAACUUCAUCAUCGAGCUGCUGUUGGUGAACGUAGAGCAGAUCUUCCCAAUAUUGAAAAACCGUCAGAAACUAGAACUCCUCCUCCUCCUCCUCAUCUCAAAACGAGUGAACAUUUUGGUAUGAUGAAAAGAGCACCUGUAUCCGAUACAAGUCUUGACCAUUUUCCUCCAGUGAAUUAUGAUUUACACGUAUUUUAUUAUUCAUGGUAUGGAAAUCAACAGUUUGAUGGUAAAUACAUCCACUGGAAUCACCCAUUGGUUCCCCACUGGGACCCUAAAAUAGCAAGUAGUUAUCCUAAAGGAAGGCAUAUUCCUCCAGAAGACAUUGGUGCUAGUUUCUAUCCUGAGCUAGGAGCUUAUAGUUCGAGGGAUCCUGCAAUUAUCAACGCGCACAUGAUACAACUCCGAGAUGCUGCAAUAGGUGUGUUAGCCUUGUCCUGGUAUCCACCUGGCUUGUCUGAUGAGAAUGGUGAACCCACAGAAGAUCUAGUACCAGUCAUAUUGGAAGCUGCAGAUAAAUAUCAAUUAAAGGUCACCUUCCACAUUGAGCCAUAUGAAGGGAGAGAAAACACUUUAUAUAGUAAUUUGAAGUACAUCAUUGACAAAUAUGGAUCCCAUCCUGCAUUUUACAGGCACAAGACGAGUGCAGGAAGAUAUCUUCCAAUGUUCUACAUUUAUGACUCGUACUUAAUAAGCCCAGGGUCUUGGGCCAAUCUUCUCUCUGUAUCUGGAUCUCACAGUCUUCGAAACACUCAAUACGAUGCACUAUUCAUUGCCCUAAUUGUCGAAGAAAAGCAUAAAAAUGAAAUUCUUCAGGCUGGUUUUGAUGGAAUGUACACUUAUUUUGCAACAAAUGGAUUCUCCCAUGGCUCUUCCCAUCACAACUGGCAAGCGAUAAAAGACUUUUGUGAUAGUAAUAACCUUAUGUUUAUUCCCAGUGUGGGACCUGGUUAUAUAGACACUAGCAUAAGGGCUUGGAACAAUCACAAUACUAGAAACCGAGUCAAUGGGAAGUAUUAUGAGACUGCUUUAAGUACUGCCCUCCUAGUGCGUCCAGAAAUAAUCACUAUAACUUCCUUUAAUGAAUGGCAUGAAGGAACUCAGAUUGAAAAAGCUGUUCCUAAGAAGUCCAGUCAGUUUGUUUAUCUGGACUAUCUGCCUCACAAGCCAGACAUCUACCUAGAGCUGACUCGUAAAUGGGCAGAAAAGUUUCGCAGUGCGAAAGAACAAUGGUUGAUGUGACAUUUUUGUCUUGAGAAUGGGAAUAGAAUGAUUUUAAGGUCUAGCAUCAAAUAUUACAAAGUAGAAUUUUUUUUUGUUUUAGGGUAGGAAGCUCUGGAGAAAAGUUGGCUUUGGCUAAUUUGGAUCAUCUUAAAGUCUUGUAAAGUCAAAGAAGUGAGUUGAUAUAUUUGGUUAGAAGAUACUGUACACUAAAAAUGUGACAUUUGUGAAACUUUACAUGAUUUUUUUUGUUAAAGGCAGUAACUUAAGCUAAGUAUUGUUUUAACAGAGUAGGUCCAAGUUACCAUUCUUCAUUUGUACCCCUGAAUCAAAUGUCUGCUGAGAGUUCAACCAUUUCGAGUAUUAUUCAGACUACAUUUCGAGUCCUAGAAAUGUACAGCAUGGAAACAGACCCUUCGGACCAACCUGUCCAUGCCGACCGGAUAUCCCAACCCAAUCUAGUCCCACCUGCCAGCACCCGACCCAUAUCCCUCCAAGCCCUUCCUAUUCAUGUUGCAAUUGUACCAGCCUCCACCAUUUCCUCUGAAAGCUCAUUCCAUACACGUACUACCCUCUGUGUGAAAACGUUGCCCCAUAGGUCUCUCUUUAUAUCUUUCCCUUCUCACCUUGAACCUAUGCCCUCUAGUUCUGAACUCCCUCAUCCCAGAGAAAGGAUCUUGUCUAUUUAUCCUAUCCAUGUCCCUCAUGAUUUUAUAUACCUCCAUAAGUCCACCCCUCAGCCUCUGAAGCUCCAGGGAAAACAGCCCUAGCCUGUUCAACCUUUCCAUAUAUAGCUCAAAUCCUCCAACCCUGGCAACAUCCUUGUAACUCUUUUCUGAACCCUUUCAAGUUUCACAACACUUUACCGAUAAGAAGGAGACCAGAAUUGCAUGCCAUAUUCAACUGUGGCCUAACAAAUGUCCUGUACAGCUGCAACAUGACCUCCCAACUCCUGUACUCAAUACUCUGACCAAUAAAAUAAAGCAUAGCCAAUGCCUCCUUCACUAUCCUAUCUACCUGUGACUUCACUUUUAAGGAGCUAUGAACCUGUACUCCAAGGUCUCUUUGGUCAGCAACACUCCCUAGGACAUUACCAUUAAGUGUAUAAGUCUGCUAAGAUUUGCUUUCCCAAAAUGCAGCACCUCACAUUUCUAUUAUGACUUAUGCCUGUGUGCAUGGUUGUAGUGAUCAUGACUGGUAAUUUUGGAAGGUUGAUUUCCUUCCAACCCCAGAGGUGCUAAGAGGAAUAGUUGUCCAAGUAUCACAGCACAAACCAGGUAUCUAAACUAGGACUCUACUGUAUGUCAUGUAUGGCUCAGUGUUGCCAUGUAACAAAGUUGCCAACUGAGCUUGCAGUAGCAGCUGUUGAUUAACUUUAAUUGUAAAUUCGUAACUUCGGUUGUUACGACACUUAACAUAUCUGAGCAUUUGGAAGCUUUUUAUUGCAUAAUUAAAAUUAAAGCAUGCCAGAAUAGGUCUUCUGGUAAGUUAAGUGAUGCAUCAGACUUGCAUUGAACCUCUCCUCAUCUUUUAUAUUUCAGUUAUUCUUACCAAUGAGUGCUACAGAAUGUUUAAAUUGUUGUGGAUUCACAUCCAGUAACGGGUUUCUUGUGUUCUUCCAGCAUCUACAUUGCAAAGAUGUUAUUUGAGGAGAUUCAUAAGAAAAUAUCAUGCUGAGGUUUGGGAAGGAUGGACUUAGAGAUUAAUUCUGGUUUUUCAACUCGUAUUGAGGUCAGAAAUAAGCACUAGGCGGUGCAGAAUCUUGCAUUGCUGCGAGCAUGCUGGUUACCUGAUUCCAUCCUGGACAGAUUUCUCAUGACCAAGUCAGCCUCCAAGUUUGCAAAAUCAAUGGGGUCAAGUUAGCUUUCUCUUUCUCUCUCUCUCACUCAUGAGAGAAAGUGAAAACUGCAGAUGCUGGAGAUCGGAAUUGAAGAGUAUGGUGCUGGCAAAGCACAGCAAGUGAAACAGCAUCCGAGGAGCAGGAGAUUCUACGUUUUGGGCAUUAGCCCUUCAUCAGGAAUGAUGAAUGAAGGGCUUAUGCCCCAUAAUGUCGACUGUCCUGCUCCUUGGAUGCUGCCUGACUUGCUGUGCUUUGCCAGCACCACGCACUCGACUGUCCUGCUCUCGUGUUCUGCCCAACAGCCAGAGCUUACUUGUUAUCCUUAACUGGGCAGCAAGCUUACCCUCAACUGUGUGACAAAAUACAAUCACACAAAGAAGGAUUCUGAUGUCUAGUUGAGCCUGAGGACAAGGUUUAAACGCACAGAGACGAAAUCUUACCAUUAAUGUAUUUGUGCAUAAACCUGUAAAAUUGUGCACAUUUCUUGAGAUCUUUUUCAAGUUUGCGAAAUUAUGUCCUAUUUAAUUGGUUUUAUUUAAAUUUCCUUCAUUAUGCUGAGCAUACAUAACUUUGUAGUUGGUCGAUUUGUGUAUUCCAGACUUUAAUACUUGAAUUUUUUCUUGCUUUUACGCCUUUUACUGCACCUGUGGAUUUCUUUAUUUGUUGAUUUAAUAGUGAAUGGCUGUCAGAUUUCAAAAUCAUAUUAGAGAAUGUUUUUGAUUAUUUAAUGACUUGAAUGUAUAACAACAUCUCAGCAUUUUUUAUAUUGCAAUCUGAAGUGGGACAAGUUUAUUUGCUCUUAAGUAACCCUUUUGAGGACGCAAACUUCCACAGUGCUGACUGAGUUUUCCAAAUAUGUUUCUUAAGGACCAGAUAUUUUCCAGUGCUGCUAGAACAUUUGUGCAGUUAGGUCUGUUGUUUUCUGAUUUACUCCCCAAACUAAAGUAAAACUUUAGUCCGUAAUAGGGUUCUGAAAUAGUGAACAGAAAAUUAGUGAGAAGCUUUUACACUGGUAGCAAUCUCAAUGCUUAAAUUUUGAAUAUGCACUGGCCAGCAUUGUUUUGUGAUUUACUUGUUUAAUUUGAAAAAUAUGUUGACAAGAGUGGAAAUAUAAUUUUUUUUCUAAGCACUAACAUUGAAGAUUUAGGUUUUUGAGUUUGAACAAACUGUAUGAUCUACCUUUGGAGAAUAUACCCAGCAUUUUGAUUUUUGUCGAGAAAUAUGAAACAUCUGUGAUUUUAGAUCAUUACUUGUUAUAUCUUUUCUUUGACUUAAUUUCACAAUUAACUUGCUAUGAUUUUAAUUUGUAACUUUCCCUGGUGUAGAUGGGCUUUACAUUCUGUUGUUUAUAUUUUUCCUGGAGUUAAGAAGUCACUGAAGAUAUUUUCAAUUUUCUCCUGUGGUAUUAUGUUAAUUGCUACGCGAUAACAGGUGACACUCACAAGUUUCAAUUCCGCCCUCUAACAACUAUCUGUGUGGAGUUUACAUGUUCUGCCCAUGUGUGUGGAUUUCCUCCCCCAGUUCAAAGAUGUGCAGAUUAGGGUAGAUUGGUCAUGCUAAAUGGCCCAUACUGUUCAGGGAUGUAUAGGCUAGCUGGGUUAACCAUUGGAAAUGCAAGGUUACAGCGGUAGGGUAGGGGGUGGGUCCAAGUGGGAUGCUCUUCGGAGGAUCAGUGUGGACACGAAUGGGCUGGAUGGCUUGCUUCCACACUCUAGGAAUUCUAUUAUAAUAAUACAGGAAAGGUGAAAUUUUGUAAUUGUUAAAGUGAUACUUAAAGUUUCUGGUCUUCAAGGGCAGUUAUAUUAGAUCAUAGUGUCAGUGAGGACCUUUUCAUUGACGUUUCAGGCCAAGUAUUACACAAAAUUGCUACAUUACAGAACCAAUAAAGCAGAGGUCUAUUUGAAUAAUCCGUUGACAGCAUUUAUAUUUCACAAUGGUAGUUUGAAAAAGUGGUGAUACCAAUAAAAAUGAUUAUGAAUCUGCAUUAUAUUCAAAAGCUUAUUGGUUCACUCAUGCUUUGCACGGAAGAAAUCUUGCCAUCUUUACCAGUCCAGCCUGUAUGUGACUCCAAUUCUCCCCACAUGUUUUUCUUACAUGGCGGCAAAAAACGUCUGAUCCAAAAGAUCUGGAGAUCAAGUGUCACCUGCCUCAGAUGUAUGUCAGAUCACAUCCAAGCAGGUUGAUUAAAAAUGACCACAUGUGCAUGAUUGAUUCAUAACUACAUACUGCAAUGGUCCAGCAAUAAGUUUUCUUAAACUGCUUGCUUUCAAAAAGGAGGUCCACUGGCUCCUUCUCAGGGAAACUUGAAGUGUGCAAUAAAUAUUGACCUUGCCAGCCAUGGCUGUGUUUUGAGAAUGAAUUCAAAACAUGUUUGGGCAUAUGCUAACCAGCAUAUGCAGACAUUUGAGAUGAUCGUGAGGAUUGACGCCACCAGUGUGCUCAUAAAACAGCAUUAUGUGUAGAAAUUUCAUAUCUAUUUUUAAUGUGAUCCUUGAACAAAUUUCUGUGUUUUGUGCAUGUUUUAUUUGCGAUUGAUUGCAGGGAAGAAGAACUGUUUUGAAAUUUUGUCUUCAGACUGUUUUGCUAGUUCAGGGAAAUGUUAAGUUUGUUGUGCUAAUCCCACCAGUUUCGGUCAGUACCAGCCUAUCUGAUUAUGUAACAUAGAUACGUUGGGGUGAGCUCUUUCUAUCCCUCAAGCAGUAACACUGAACCUUGCUUGUCCUUCAGAAUUUAUGCAGUUGUACUGUUGAGUGUUAAUAUUCUUUCAUUGUUUUUUGCCUUUCUCGAUCAGUGUAUAUUUGUUUGAACCACUUACCUAUCCUGAUCAAAAAAAAGUGCAUUAUGUAGCCAGGUGGCACUGCACAUCUGAAUAGCAGUCAUGGCUGCCUUCAGUGGAAUAUUUGUUCUGAUGAAAGCUAUAUCUGGUUGUAGCAAGCCACUGGGGUAUGCAAGAGGUGAAGACCAAAUCAGUAGGAUUAUAUAUCACUUUUUAUUAAGUGAUGUAAAGCCAAAUUCUUGAUUCAAAAACUCUCUUCUAAGCUUUAUAAAAUAUAAGUUGAAAUUUGUGAAGUUUUACUUUUGCAGUCUAAGUGCUAAAGCUCAGAGUGGAGAGCAAUACUUGAAAGAAAAUGGAUACAUUCCACCAGUUAAAUAAAAAGCAAAAUAUAUUUAUAAUUGAAGUUGGCUUACAGUGCCGAAUCUUCUAUUGGUUUGGUAAAAGCAAAGAUUGCAAUUUUUAAUUGUCCUGACUUUUUGGGUAAUUUUCAUUUUAGAAGACAAUGGGGCAAAUGUAUAUUUUGCAUGAAUUGUUUAAUAGUUGUACUUUGUUACUGCAAUAUACUUAAUUUUACAUGAUUUCCACUUGUUUCAGAUAUUAAAAUUUUUAAAUUAGUCAAGUUGGGGCUUAGAUCUAUGUACAGUGCAGUAUGUGGAAAUACUAAAUGUAACAUUUCAAUGUUAUGGAAUGAAGCAGAAAACAAAUAUUGCACUUAAGUUUUAGCACACCAAAGUAGUUUUAUAAAGUUUAUGCCUCAGUACAACUAGCUAAUUUCUGUCAAUGUUAUUUGAGUCUUUCACAUGUCUAACUUUCUGUUUAUUUACGUAGAUAAUAGGAACAGCAUUAUAUUUGAUUGGGGGUAAUUGAAAUGUUAGCCAGGUGUUUAAACUUGCUCUUUCCAAUAAGGCUGAAAAGGAAGAGAAUUCUAGAAUCAGGUAAACAUUAGUGGAGAAUAACUUGAACCAAAGGGACCUCACUGUGGAAGCAAAGAUGGUUUGGAUAGUCCAUUACAUUUAUAAAACAGACUAGACCUCAGUCUCAAUUUAAAGGACUAAAAAUAAGUAUGUUAUUUUGUUUGCGUAUGAUCAGCUACCUAUACAAAUGGAAACUAAUUGACAAGUUUCAGUAUAGACUGUACUGUUAUAAUGCAUGAACCACAAAAUGAAGAGAAU